CACGCGGUUUCGCGCGCUUGUCCGGCUCCUGCAGACUAGGAUCUUCCUGCCCAUCUGCUUUCCUGCCUACUUGCCUACCUAUCUGCCUAUCUACUCGCCUACUUCCUAGCGCCGCCUCGCCAUGCCGGAGCCUUCUCGCUCAGCACCGGCGCCCAAAAAGGGUUCCAAAAAGGCCAUCUCCAAGGCGCAGAAGAAGGACGGCAAGAAACGCAAGCGCAGCCGCAAGGAGAGCUACUCCAUCUACGUGUACAAGGUGUUGAAGCAAGUGCAUCCAGACACCGGCAUCUCAUCCAAAGCCAUGGGCAUCAUGAACUCGUUUGUCAACGACAUCUUCGAACGCAUCGCCAGCGAGGCCUCCCGCCUGGCGCACUACAACAAGCGUUCCACCAUCACGUCCCGCGAGGUGCAGACAGCUGUGCGCCUGCUGCUUCCCGGAGAGCUGGCCAAGCACGCCGUGUCGGAGGGCACCAAGGCCGUUACCAAAUACACCAGCUCCAAGUGAGGCGCGCCAAGGCGCCCAAAACCCAAAGGCUCUUUUCAGAGCCACCUCUAUGCUCAAAAAGGAGCGUGUCACCUGGUCCGGUCGUGACCCGCUGUUGGGGAGGCUGAGCUCGCAAUCGGGGGCGCAAAUUCCGACACAAAGCCUAUGUCCUCUCCUUAAUGGUGUAGUCCCUAAAACGCCACCAGAGGCGUCCCCGGGGCCACCCAGAAGCCGGAGAGCGCGCGGCCCUGGCCCUUGCACGAGGACCAAAGGCCCUCCUGUCUCCGCUCGGUGCCCUCCAGGAAGGCUUCACGCAAACCUACCCCCGCCCCGCCCUCCCCGUGCCCCUCCUUGGUGCUGCGCCAGCUCUCACAUUUGGUGAUGCCCUGGGUGCUGUCGCUUAGCCUUGGGGGCGCUUGGGAGCCGUCCUUCCGAAGCCUUUGCCACCACGGGGCACCAGGAGUUUCUGCCAAACACAUUUCAGCAGCGUUGGCUUUAAGCAGCUCCUUAGGGGCGCUACUCAAUCCUGUUUGAAAAUUCUAAAGGGCGGGCGCACAGAUACUGUUCACUCUCAAACUCGGCUAAAAUUAUUCAAAUUUGAACAUUUUAAAAAAAUUUUGAAAACCGCGAAUACUUCACGUAAGUCCAGUAAACGAUGGAAGAGCCCUUUUAAUAAAACAAACGUAGUGCCUUAAACAAACUUAAGUCCAAGUCCUGUGUUAAGUAUGAUGU